AUGGUAAAAUCAAAAAAACAACGAUCUCUGCUAGCUUCUCGAUUUGGGUCUAACGAAGACAAGGAAACACAGGAAAAUGAAAUUGAAGCUUUGAAAGCAAUUUACAUGGAAGAUUACGUGCCUGUGGUUGCGCCUUCAGCAUGGAAGGUCGCACCGACAUGUCAUGAGUUUCUACUUCAUCUUUUACCUCAUGAAGAAGAACUGAAGGAGCAUGUAUCAGUAGACUUGCACGUUAAAUUUCCGAAAACAUAUCCACGUUCAGCACCAGAUAUAAAAGUUGAAAAUGCACGCGGUCUUUCAGAGGAACAAUUGAUUAAAGUUCGAGAACAUAUAUCUCGACUUAUUAAAGACAAUCUUGGACAAGAAAUGGUUUUCAAUAUUGCUCAGUACGUUCAAGAGUUUAUAACUACGAAUAACAAUGGCGUUAAAGUUUUGGUUAAACAAUCUUUUCAUGAGCAAAUGUUAAGUCGAAAUGAAAAAAUAACCAAGGCAAUGGAGGAAAUGGAUCGUGCACGUCAAACUGAAGAGCAAGAACGAACGGCAGAGAACUUGUUAUUACUUCAAAAAAUUCAUGAGGAGGAACAACGUCUAAGGGCAAAGGUCGAAGAAGAAAAACAAAAAAGAAAGCACUUGAAAGCUAAAGAUGCGAAUCCAUUAACGGACGCAUCUUCAGUGUUUCAAACUGUUAACUUUGAUAGAAAAAUCGUGCUGGAUCCUGGAGAUUCAUCGUCGGUUCCUUUUAAGUCCGUAAUUCUUGGGCCACUAGUAGGCAAAGGAAUAGUUGGGUCAACAUAUAUGGUUCAGGCAGUUAAUGUCCAGAAUAAAGAUGUGGCUUCAAAGCACCGUCAUGUUUUAAUUCUGAAAGAUAUUGAAAUUUCUGAACCGCACUACUUAGAGCUGGCCGGCAAGGAGAAG